CGCUCAUUUCAGCUGGCACCCGCGCCGCGCGGCUGAGCCCAUAUCGGCAUCUCCCCCUCCUCCACGAGAGAGGCCGAGACAAACGGCCAAACCGACGACGCCUCCGUCCGUCCCCCGCCGGCCAUGAAACCCCCGUCCGCGGCCACCAAGCCUCCGCUCCCGUGGAUCUCCCCACUCCAGUACCGCAACCCCGCCCGCGCGGCGCCGCCCUCCCCUCCUCCUCCUCCGCCGCCCUCCCCGCCGCCGCCGCCGCGCUACCUCCACCACCCGGAGCUGGCCCGCCUCAUCGCCUCCUCCCACUCCGCGCAGCGCGCGCUCGACCUCUUCAACGCCGCCGCCUCUCAGCGCGGGUUCUCCCACACCCCCGCCACCUUCUCCGCGCUCCUCGUCCGCCUCGCUCGCGCGCGCCUACCGCACGCCGCCGCCGCCGUCCUCCGCCGCGCCGCCUCCGAGCCCUGCAGGUUCCAGGAGCCGCAGUUCCUGCCGCUCGUUCGCCUCCUCCCACCCGACCGCGCGCUCACUCUCCUCCGCCUCCUCCCCACGCUGCUCCGCCAGAGCCGCGUCUCGCACAAGGCCCUCGCCGUCUGCCUCGACCGCCUCGUCUCCUCCCACCGGCCCGACGUCCUCACCGAACUGCUACUCGACCUGCGCGACCCCCGCAACAAGUACCUUCCCAAGCCCAAUACCUGCGUCUACAACAUCCUCAUCAAGCACUACGUCAAAAACGGCGAAUUGGAGACCGCGUUCAAAGUGCUCGACGAAAUGCGUGAGUACACCUGCGCGGAUGUGAGGCCAAACUUGAUCACCUAUUCAACCUUGAUCGGUGGGCUCUGUCGUGGGGGUAAGAUGAAGGAAGCAUUUGACCUAUUUGAGGAGAUGAUCGAGAAGGACCGCAUCGUGCCAGAUCAGCUGACCUACAAUGUGAUCAUCGACGGAUUCUGUAGGCUGGGGCAGCUGGAGAAGGCACAUGCAAUCUUUGGAUUUAUGAGGAGGAAUGAGUGCGAGCCAAAUGCUUUCAACUACGCCACUCUGAUUAAUGGACACUGCAAGAAAGGGGAAGUUGAGGCCGCGAGGGUGGUGUUCGAGGAAAUGAGAAGUGCUGGUGUGGAGCCAGAUGCUGUCAGCUACACGGCACUGAUUGGUUGCCUUUGUAGGCAUGGGAGCGUGGAUGAGGGCAUCAAUCUUGUUCUGGAGAUGAAGGAGAAGGGGUGUAGGGCUGAUGUUGUCACAUACAAUCUGGUGAUCGAGGGGCUGUGUAAAGAUGGGCGGAUGGUGGAGGCGAUGGACCUGCUUGAGAGCGUGCCACUGGAAGGAGUUCGGUUGAAUGUCGCGAGCUAUCGGAUUGUUAUGAAUUGCUUGUGCUCCCGUUGGGAGAUGGAUAAGGCGGUUGGCUUGCUGGGGCUGAUGCUUGGACGAGGGUUUUUACCGCACUAUGCAGCCUCAAACAACCUGUUGAUUGGUCUGUGUGAUGUCGGACGAGUAGCGGAUGCGAUGGUCGCAUUGUAUGGAUUGGCUGAUAUGGGGUUCAUGCCAGGGGCCAGUUGUUGGGAAAGGCUUAUCGAGGCUGUGUGCCGGGAGAGAAAGCAAAGGAGAUCUAUUGAGCUGCUGGAUGUCUUGAUUGGUGAAGGUUGAGCAAAUGAACUCACAGCAGCGUGGAUUUGUUUGACUGAUUUGAUCACCCCAAGGGGAGAUGAGGUGAACCAGAUCUGAAGACCUCUCCAACAAUGCAGCGAUGAUACUAGUAAGAAAAAAUCACCUCCACAAAGGAUGAACAUGCAUGAGCGUCUCAGACAAACAAUUUUGACAGGGGAUACUUCCAUUUCCACUGCACAGUGGAAAUAACAGCAGUUUUACAGGAUUGAAUGGAAGUUCAGCAACGAAGAAAAGACUACCUGGCCCCACUGCUGACAGCAAGAAACAGGACCUAGCACAAGUUUAUCUUACAGAACAAGCCAUUACAUCCAAAAGAUAUCAACCAUCAAGACUCAAGAGACAAGGACCCCAUAACAUCGUCAGGCUCAACUUCAUAGUUCUGCGAAGUGUUGUCAUUGGGGAGGUAGUCCAGCAUGAGGUGGGGGGGGGGGGGGGGGCGCAGGUUUGACACCCAAACCUGCCUUGCCGUCGUCGGCUCUGGCAAACAAAGAUACAUUACCAGGGAUAACCCAAGGGGGCGUGAUCUUCAACAGGACCAUGUUUGCUGCGAAACUUCAACCGGGCCAGUUAUCAAGCUGGUUUAGAUAGAAACCACAAUCAUCAAAAUAGCUUUCUUUGGUGACAUUUUUUGGCGGGUAGUGGGGGUGUUCUUCAGAGGGUGCCCGGCGAAGCAUUAUUUUUUAUGACAACAUAAAGGGGGCCUCCCCAUUUAAAAUACCCUCCCCUACUUUUUACUUCAUGCAACUAAUGCUAAUUGUAAUUUACUCCUUUUUUGGAGGUAGUACCUGUAUGAUCCAUGAUUGCUUCGUGGUUUAGAAACAGGGGAACUUAUGGUUUAACUUUGGUGAUUUCGAAUGUAAAUUGUCAGGAAAGACUGCAAGUGUAUUGUUCGGUUGAAACAACGAGGCAGCUUAAUGCAACAACUACUCGUA